GUCUCGCCUAUUGGGACUUAUAUUUCUUGUCUUUGUGUUUCAAUAGCUGAGCAUUUGGGCUACUUGAAUACGUAUAUACAUACAUGCGUUUACGAAGCGGAUCACAUUUGCGAGGUAGCGACUCUAGCGAGCGAGAAGGUCGGAGUCAGCUUGCUGGUCGUGCAAGUCAAAGUAUGGAAGCACACAAUUUCACAGAUUUUGGCUCGAAUAGCGCUGAUGUUGGUUCAUCGAGUCGGAGGUUAGUUGCGUACUUUCUGCUUGUGAUUUGGUUAGCUGCGGUGAUGAGCUAAUUAAUGCAUUGUCAAGUAGUGGAUCUCCACCUCGGUCUCGAAAUCAAAUUUCUCGGACUUCGAACGGAGAGACUGCGCUGCUUCUCGUUCCAUCUAGUCGAUACGAAGGGUCUCAAGAAACACAUUACUCAACAAGAGCACCAUCUUCUAGCACCCAGAGACCUUACUCAGCACGGCCAUCAUCUCCGUAUCAACCUUCCUACUCUGAAUCAUCAGUUCCCGCAUCGUAUCCUAUCACAUCCUCUCAGCAGCCUUAUACGACUACGUCACAACCUGGAUCUACAUACCCUUCCUAUACCGAACCCUACACGACUACAUUCCAGCUCGAAUCUAUCGAUUCUCACACCUCUACCUCUUACCUUGAUCCACCACCACCAGCAGUGCCUACACCUCCGCCGCUUCCAUCGCACUAUACUCCCUAUCAUCCUUCACAACGUGAUUCCCAAACUCUCCCACACUACCACCCAACUCAAUUUCAACGAGUUUCUUACCCUGCCUCUCAUCCCCAUGUCAACACUCCAACCAACUUACCAUCCCUCUCGAUCCCCAUCCCUCAAAUCCAAAUCCAACCUCAUCAUCACCACCACCAACAACAACCACCACCAGAAGAGCCAGGCCCCUGGUCCCCCCUCUCCCCUCAUGAAUCCCGCAAACGCCGCGCUUCAGAUACUUUAAGUAGUGCCGCGUUAGGACUAAGCGAUACGGAUUUGAAUUGGGGGUAUAAGGAUAAGAUGGGAGAGGAGCUCGAUUGUCUGGAGAAGGAAAGCAGGAAGAGAAGAAGAAGGGGUGAAAUGGGAUGGGAAGGUGCGGUGGGGAAUGGGGGAGGAAGAGGUGUGGAUCAUGAGGAGGAGCAUGGGGAUAGCGAUGAACGGUCGUUGGGGAGAGGAAGAGGGAGUGGGGAAGGAAGCGGAUAUGGAUCUUCACGAUAUGCAUGAUUCUGGGAUUUGAUAGGAAGAAUUGAUUCGGUUGACUGCGAUCUUCAUUUCACCCCCUUCACUCAAACUCAAACAUACGAUUAAGGGAUAAUGGGGACAGACUUGCGAUAUUCUUCCUAGGAGGGCUGAGGAUUGAGACUUAAGUAUGGGUGCCAGUGGGAUUUACAGUUUACAAACUUUAUAGUAUUUCUUUUUAGAUGCGAUAUUCUCCUUUUGGGCGCGAAAUUCCUUCUUCUUCUCCAAUUUCCAGUCCAAAUUUCUCAACACGGCUGGUAUUUGUAACUAUCCAUUAUUCACUCGUAUCUUUUUCUUUUUCUCUUGUUUUUUCUCUCUUUUUCUGUUCAGGUAGAGGAUCAACAGGCCUCUCUUACUAAAACACAACGAAAGAUCUCAAGGAAUCGUCGCGGAAUUUCUAUAAAUCUUCUCUUACGGGGUCAGGUGUAUACUGUGCUGUGUUGAUCGU